ACUUGCAGAUUUUUUUUCAUUAGAUUCAUCACAUAAUAAUGAAUAGUAAAAUAAAUACGUGUCUAAUGCGUGUUCUCGUGUUAUUGCGUCUAUAAAGUCUUAACGAGAUGAGGCCUUAGAGUAAGAACUUAAACAGAUAUUUCAUAAGGAAAAUGAAGGGUGAGUUUUUCACAUUGAUGGCAAUAAUGUCUCUCCUCUUAGCCUUCUCGUUAGUCCAUGGAGGAGGAGAGUCUGGAACACCUUCUAAUGCAGCCGCUACCCCGACUAGCCCAACCGAAGGAUCCAGUGGUUCAAGUGGUUCAGCUCAUGGACCUAAUUGGGGAUAUAGUUGGGGAUGGGGUUCAGCCCCGGGAGGUGGUUAUGGCUAUGGUUCUGGUUCGGGUUCGUCACCAGAUGGAGGAGGAAAAGGGGCUGGAUUCGGGUUUGGUUCGGGGUCAGGUUCAGGAACUGGAUUUGGGUCUGGCUCGGGAGGAGGAGGAGCCACAGACGGUGGUUCUGGCCAUGGAAGUGGGACCGGACACGCUGGUGAAGGCGGUGGCUCAGGAAGUGGAAAUGGUGAAGGAUCUCCUGGUCGUAGAGAGAGGAGCCAACACCGCUAAAAGAAGUUUUCUUGUUAUUAUUACUACCUUAACACAAUCACACAUGCGUAAGAUGAUAAGACUAAAAGAAGGAAAAAGAAAAAUACUAUAGUAGCAUCUUAAUUAAUUAAUGCAUAAAUAAGGACCAAAGGAAUAAGUAGUUGGGCUUUAAUUACCGCUGUACUUUGUAAUAUAACUAAACCUAUAAUAUAUUGUGUUCUUGCGCCAACCUAGUAUGCUAAUAUUUAAUACUGAAAGAUGAUGAUCAUAUACAAGUAGUGAAAAUAAAAUCUUCUCUUUAAAGUGGUAUGCUAUAUGAUAUGCAACUAGCAAAUGAAGGCUGGUUAAAACUCUCUGUACAAACUGAUUAUUCAAAGUGUUAAUGUAAGUCGAG